AUGUUCAAGUCAAAGCAGUUCAAUUUCGAUACAAAUUUUCAAAUAAUGGAAGCUCUGAACCAAUUCAUCAAACAAAAAUUAUUUAGAGAAUCACAAGCUUCAAACAUCCAAUAUUUUCGCGACUUCUUUCAAUGUGAAGAAAUUUUUAUAAAAUUUGGCAUAAAUUUUUUAAAGUCAUCGACUACAUCUGAAACUGCCCGCAAAUGGGAAAAGCAUCAUUUUGUAGCUAUGAAAAUGGCAACAGUCGUUGUAGUCAUGCUUUCCAUUAUUAACUUUGUCAUUUCGAUAGUAGAUCAAUCAAUAGUCCUCGCCAUAGAAUCAUCAGCUGCUGUUGGAAUUUUUACUUUGAUGCUACUGAAGAUUCACACAGUGAUGAUAAAGAACCGAGGAACUUUAAUGGAAAUCCUCGAAAAACUUGAGUUCCAUUUUCCAACUGAUGCUUGGAAUCAGCAUGUCUUUGAGGUUCAAAAUUACCUUAGCACAUUGAAGACCUUCAGGAAGAUUACAAUUGUCAUUUACUCGACUAUUUACAUCCAGCUUAUUUCAGUUCCAUUCUUUCAAUUAUUUUACAGAUGGAUAACAUCAAGUGACUUUGUUAUUGACUUAAUCAUCCAGUGCUAUAUCCCAUUUGACUACAGUAAUCCACUUGUUUAUUCUAUUAUUUAUGUUAUCCACGCCUGGAUGUUCCUUGUCAAUGUAUUGGCAUUGUUUUCAAAUGAAUUGCUUUACUUUGGCUUGAUAAUAGUCCUCAGCAUGGAAUUUGAUAUUUUAGGACACUUGAUUAGCGAAAUUGAUCCUCGAGAAGGUUUGGAAUGUGCUUUGACGCAAAUGAAGAUGUUCAUAAAAAUUCAUCAGGAAUUAAUUGCAAUUGCUGAGAAGCUUGAGGACAUUUUUUCGAUGAUUCUGUUUGUAAACAUAUUUGGCAUGAUCUACUUGAUUUGUGGAACUGCUUUCUUAAGUGUCUCAGGAAUAAGUCGUUACUUGUUGCUGAAAUACUUCAUUGGUCUGAUUACGACAUCAUGGAACGGAUACAUUCAGUGCUACUUCGGUGAACGAUUAAUCCAAUCAUCAAUUUCAGUAGCUAAUGGAGCAUACAACAGCAACUGGUACCAUGGAUCACCAGAAUAUAAAAAGCUAGUUUACAUUGUCAUUGCUCGAUCACAGAAGCUUCAGAAACUGUCAGCAUUAAAGUAUGUAGAUGUGUGUUUGGAAACUUAUAAAUGGAUCAUUAACAAGGCUUAUUCAUUCUAUUCUGUAUUGACUGCAAUUUAUAGUGUAUAA